AAAAAAGAAAAAAAAAAAAGGUUCCAGAAACGGCGUAAACUUUAUUUCUCGGGCAGAGGGACAACGCAGGAAAGUUAACAAAAUUUCCGCGACAAACAAAGUGUAGUUAAAUUCAUCGUAGAGGAGUCGAUAGAUACACGACUGAAGAAAAGUCUGAGCAAAUGGUUGUUCCUUUCGACAGCGUGUUAGGCUGCUUCCAGAAAAGUGUUCUUCUACCUUUUACAGCGACCUUUUACGCACGACGCAAAAUUCUUGUGCCAUAGAUGGUAACUCAACGAGGUAAAUCGUUACCCGCAAGAAGCGAUCUCGCCAGUACGUUUGACAUUUAUUUUAUUCUACGAAGAGGACAAUUAAAAGUCACUGUCCAAAGAGAGAUUCACGUAAUUCCUUAUUCUUAAUUUUCAAAGCCAAUUAAUCGACUUUAAAGAAAGGAACUUUCGAGCGAAAGAGGAAACAGCACAAAGACUGUGACGGAGAUUGAGAAGGGACAAAAGAUUGGGACAGCGUGGAAUGCUAAGAAUCAAGAUAGGAAGAAUACACAGAAACAGAUGGGAGAGAAUGGUGGAAAGGAGGUGAAACAUGGCGGAAAGAUGACAAAGUAAAUGAAAUGGCUACGGCUAGAGUCGCAGGAGAGAGCAAAGAGAAGUUGGAACCGCAAACAAUUAUAACAGUAUCCAGUAUCUGAGGGACAAAGACGCCUCGCGAGCCGGUGGUGGUUUUUCUCUCGCCCUUCCAUCCAGGGACGUCGUGAUUCCAUCGAUCACAGCGAGAAGACGAUCAGACCCGUGUGGUUUUGUGGCCACAUCGUGA